AUGCCAAUCAACGCACUCGACAAGUACUACCUCGCUUUGACAGCUCUGGUCACCACCGGAUACCAGCUGCUUGGCUUUGCUAUCGCAUGGACACUCCAAUUCGACAAGAUUACUGACUUUACGGGAGCAAUCCUUACCUUGUGUAUGAACGGUGUCUACCAUGCACGGAACAUUGUGGCCACCGUCUUUAUUCUUGUUUGGGCAACACGCCUUGCAGGCUUUUUACUCUUUAGGGUGCUCAAGACUGGCUCGGAUACUCGUUUUGAUGAUAUACGCUCCCAUUUCUUCAAGUUUUUGGCAUUCUGGGUUGGUCAGAUUGUUUGGGUCUGGACAGUCUCUCUGCCAGUCACUAUUCUUAAUUCACCUGGAGUAACGUCAACCGGUGGUCAACCCAGUUUCGGCACUGGUACUGAUAUCGCCGGCGUAAUUCUUUGGGCUAUAGGUUGGAUGAUCGAGAGUACUGCUGACAUUCAAAAGUUCAAGUACAAACAAACACAUCCCCCAAAAGAUCAGCCCACAACAAUUGGAUUAUGGAAGUACUCCAGGCAUCCACCUUACUUUGGAGAGAUCCUUUGCUGGUGGGGUGUUUGGCUAGUCUCCCUCUCAGCUACCUCGGGCACGAGUGGCGGGCCACGCUCUGCUCAACUGGGCGCACUCGUCAGCCCGUUGUUCACAAUGGUGCUGCUUAUUUUUGGAAGUGGAAUUCCAACUGCUCAAAAACCUACUGCCCAAAAGUUCUACUUACUUUCUAAUGGACCCAACGCUACCCACCGAAACGCAUGGCCGAAUUAUAAGCGGUACAUGAAGCGUACCAGCGUAUUGAUCCCAUUUCCUCCAGCAUUGUAUGAGAGGCUACCUCAAUUCAUCAAGACUACCUUCCUUCUCGAUCUUCCCAUGUAUCAGUUUCACGAAGAGACUGAUGGCAAGAAGGCUUACGAAGAAGAGCAACAAAGAGCAGAUAACCAAGCUUAG